CCCCUUGAUAACUGCUGAUAACGGAUACCGUUUGGUAAUCGGUCGAAAAAUCAUAACUAAAAUCUAAAACUACGACGAAAUCGUUACGCAUUACUUCGGUCGAGAAACUCCCAUAACGAAUCAUUUAUUAUUAUUUCGUUGGGUUUUCUCAAAUCCUCAAUCGCGUUUUGGGCGGGUACCGCAUUCGAGCGAUAGAAAUACUUGGCACCAUUUCCGAGCCCGCACGCCAUGUCAAAGUCGUCCGGUUCCAAUGACUUGCGCACCGAGCUAGCCGAGCUCGUCAAACGCAAAUCAGACAUUGCUGAAACCUUAGCCAAUCUUGAACGUCAAAUUUAUGCAUUUGAAGGAAGUUACUUAGAGGACACUCAUUUAUAUGGUAAUAUCAUUCGUGGUUGGGACAGAUAUCUUACAUCAGCUAAUAAGCUCCCUAAUUCUAAAAAUGAACCACGUAACAGAAAAUUUAAAGAGGCUGAGCGACUUUUUUCUAAAUCUUCUAUUACCUCCAUGGCUGCUGUGAGUGGUUUAGUAGAAGCUCAAGAAAAAGCUGAAAUAAACAGUGAAACUGAGUCACAAACCGGAAAUAGCGGUAGUGAAGAUAAUAUGACCAAAGAAAGUGGAAAAUCGAAUAGUUUAACAAAUGGCCCAACCACCCCUAGAAAUCCUUUAGCUUCUGCCAAACGAGCGUCUAGUACUAAAAAAGUUAAAAAUCGAUGAUCUUCAUUUAACAAACUCAAUAGAGUUUUAAAACAGUUCCAGCGACCGCAGUGAGAACCUAAUGUUAUGUUAAUAUUGUUUAACAAACAAUAUUUUUGUAAAUGUGUUAUUACUACUAUAAUCUAGAGCUUAGAAUUAUUUAUUAUUGUACGAACAUAAUUUUAACUGUAAAUUAUUGUACAGUAACGUAAAACUAAAACAUAGUAGCACAUUUUUUAA